CGGCCUUUCUUAUCGUAAGAGCAACAAGGUGCAACGAUGGUGCUUCAACUCUUCGUUAAGGCAGGUUUGCAGAAUGUUGCAGCCAGAGUAAACCGAUCACUUGGAUGGUGGCACUCUCUUUCUCGGCGAUGAAUAGCAAAGAAGUGAUCGUCCGGAAACGUAUUGUCGAGAUAUACAACAAGCAACAGGAAGAUUUCGGGACAUUGCGAGAAUACAACGACUACUUAGAGGAAGUCGAGGACAUCAUAUUUGCACUUGUAGAGGGGCACGAUGUCGAGGCAGUCGAGGCGAAGAUUGCGAAGUACAAGGAGGAGAACUAUGAGCAGAUUGUUAUGGCCCAAGCCAGAAAGGCAGAAGAAAGAGCGGCGCAGCUGAGGGAGUAAAGUGCUCUACUUCCAGGCGUGGGAAGAGGAGCCGGGCUAAUAACUGUCGAUUCGAAUGCAGAGGCGACUGGA